UGUAACUCAUGAAAUCAGUGCCGUGUUUCAUUACAGUAUUGUCACGUUUGGGUGAAAAGAAGAAUUAUAGAUUGUGAAGUGAAAAUGUGAAGAGGCGAACAGAUGGGCUUGGGUAAAUCCCUUUCUCCUGUGUCUGUGAGGAAGUAGCGCAGUUGCUAAAGCCACUUGACACAGAGCAUCAUGAUGUGCAGUGGUAACCAAGUGAUGCUUCUCUCUCGGUAUGUGGUGCGCCUGUGCACUGGGACACAAUGGCACGCACCAGUGCGCCACAUGAGCUCUCCUCCCUACAAGGCUGUCAUAUUUGACAUGUACGGGGUUCUGAUACCAUCUCCCAUGCCCAAGGCCAAAGAGUGGGAGGAGAGGAAUGGUGUGCCUCCUGGCACCAUCGGGCGAGCCAUUCGAACGGGCGGAGAGGGAAGCAUCUGGAAACGCUUUAUGAGGGGAGAGCUCGGCGUGGAGGAGUUUUUAAAGGCCUUCAAUAAGGAAUGUAGCACCAUUGCUGGAAGCGAGGUGAGCAUGGAUUCCUUCCUGGAGGCCCUGACGAGUGGCGCCAUGAGGCAGCCUCUACCCGCCAUGAUGGAGGCCGUGCGGGCCAUCCGCACCAGAGGCCUGAAGACUGCUGUGCUCAGUAACAACUUCCUGCUGCCCGGCGGCGGAUCCUACCUACCGCUGGACCAGCGCCUCUUCAACGUGGUGGUGGAGUCUUGCCAGGUGGGUCUGUGUAAACCGGACCACAGGAUAUAUGAGCUGUGUUCCCGCAGGCUGGGGGUGUGGCCUCGGGAGGCUGUCUUCCUGGACGACCUGCCAAUCAAUGUGGAGGCCGCCGCCCAGGUGGGCAUGCGGGCCAUCCAGGUGAAUGAUCCUGUUGCAGCCAUACGUGAGCUAGAGGAAGUGCUCCAGUUUCCACUGUCUGGGCACGCUGUCGCCACGGACCGAAUGCAAAAGAAUAAGCAACAGCACCCUCUACCAAUGGACAAACUCACCCAUUACCUCAGGGAAGCCAUGCAGCUGUCUGACACAGACAAACUGCAUGUACAGGAGAUUAGCUACAGCUCGUCACAGACAACGUAUCUCCUGAAAACCAAAGAGAGGAGGCAGAUGAUCCUGAUGAUGACUCCUCAUGCACACGCAGCCAAGAGGGAACAAAGAACUCUGAAUGCAUUUAAAGGGACCCCUGUUCCUGUUCCUGAGGUUUUGGAUCUUUGUGAGGAUGCUAGUGUCCUUGGCUCCCCCUUCCUGCUUUUGGAACCCAGAGGAGCCAGAGUGUUCCAGAACCCGUCCCUUCCGAAUCUGAGGCCGGAGGAGAGGAGAGAGGUGUACAGAGCAGCAGUUCAGACCCUGUGUCAGAUACACUCUCUGGAGCCUAGCACUGCAAACCUGGACAAACACGUGCAAGUGGAGCAGCUCUUGGCUACGUGGACACAACAGUACAUGGUGAAUGCUAACUCCCCCAUUCCAGCCAUGGACAGACUGAUCGAGUGGCUCCCCGCACAUCUCCCCAAAGAACACACAGCCAGAGUGGUGCACGGAGACUUCAGACUGAGUAGCCUGGUGUUUGAUGGUGUGAAGCCCCAGGUGAGGGCUGUGCUGGGCUGGGAGCAGUGUGCCCUGGGGGACCCCCUCAUGGACGUGGCAUCCCUCUGCAUGGCCCUCUACCUGCCCCCCGACUCGCCCCUACAGCCAGGAAUGCUGAGAAAACAUCUGUCUGAGACGGGCAUCCCGGAGGCUGCGGAGGUGUUCCAGCAGUACGUGGGUGCCAUGGGGCUGGGCCAAGACGUGCCACACUGGCAGUUCUACAUGGCCCUGGCCUUCUUCCGCACCGCAGUGCAACUCCAGGUGGAGAGCACACUCGCUGCCACAGGUGAGAACAGCACAGGACAGGCGUUCAGGAGAAGCCAAGUCCUGGCAGAGGUGGCGGAGCUGGCAUGGGACUUUGCCACCAAAGAGGGCUUCCGCAUCUUCAACGCCAUGCCCAGAGCCAGCCCCAGCCUGGCCACCUCAGUAUGACACCCCCCCCAUGGAGUGCUCUGAAUCAGGGCUGCAUGUCUCGAAUGUGACAUUGCUGGUCAGUUAGCAACUUAGUAGGUGGGCAAUGGGAAAUUUCAAAAAACAGUUUCUGCUAACAAGGGCAGAUUACUGGACUGGCCUACAGGGGCCCAAAAGCCAAGGGGACCCUGAAGCCCAAGCCUCCGCACUACAAAAACACUUCAUUAUUGGUCCCUAUAUUUAUGUUCUCGUAAAUAUCUAACAUGUUUGAGGGGGUCUUUCUUGUUGUCUGAUCCAGGGGCCCCUGGAGUUAUAAUCCGUCCCUGUCUGCUAACACAGUUAGCAGCGAUCCUUUGGAGAAACAGGAUUCUGUGUGGCUAGUGGGAGGCUAGAGGGCAAGUUAAAGUGUAUUAAUGUAACCCAGUAUGUUAACUGAGAGCAGGAGGUAAGAGAGCCUUUUGAUGUAUGUGUGUUUACUAGAAGAAUGACGCCUUGCUGUAUGCAAUUCAUAAGCAUUAGAUUCCACUGACUUGGAAUGCGCAAUGGAACACUACCAAAAUAAAUGGAGGCUAUUGAUUGCUGUCAUAGUGAAAGAAAGAAAAACAGACUAAAUGUUUUCGCAGCAUAAGAGGUUAAUCUUGCAAAGCCAAAAUUGUCUUUGUUUAAUUUAAGAUAGGCAGUGGGCACUGCACACAUAUUUAUUUCUUUGAAGAUAUUUUUGAAUAUUGUGUGUAUCACAGUGUAACAGAGUUUGUUUGCCAACCUGAAGAAAGAAUAAAAGCAAAGCUAUUUAGA